AUGAGUCAAUUUCAAUUAUUCCCGCCUCCCUCUCCAGGGACGAAAGGAUCCAAGAAUCCGUUUCGGAAGGGUCUCAAGAAGCCGGCUGCGAAGGCUGAGCCCGCAGCGUCAAUCCCCCUCGAGGAGAUCAAGGACUCUCCUCGCACAGAAUCGGUGAUGUUUCAGAUCAUCGAAGAUACGCAGCAAAUCUCACCACCGCCACCUGCGCAUAUGCCAUCCUCUACGUCCCCAUCAGGGAGAGUGGCAUCCCCGGGUUCGAGGUCACUUCAAUCCUCGCGCAGCCGAACCCACCAAGACAACGUACCCAGCCACCGAGCCUUGCCUUCACAAAGAAGCAUGAGCAACAGCAGUAAAAGCAACAGGACUGCAAUGACUGCAACAUCAUCAGGUUCACCGCAAUCAUCCCUGUCGUCGAUAUCCCCGGUGCCAAUGAGAUCGAUGUUUCCCCAGUUUAAUCCACAGCUCCCGCUCAACAAGCAGCCCUACCAUCCUGAGACGUCGGAGCAGCCUGUCAAGCCUUCUCGACGCCCAAAGCUGACGCUGUCCCCGUCAUCUGAGAUUGACCAGGUACUCGGUCCAAAAACCGUCCCUGCCAGUGUGGUGAACUUCCCGACCGGGGUCCUUGAGCCAGAGGAAAUCCGGUACUCGUCUCCCCAGGAACUCGGGAUGCUCUGGGAGACGGCCAACGGUCAAAGACCCCCGAAUCUCUGUGGGUCAUUCAAUCUACGCAUGACAAGAACCGGACCGGCAACGUUCACGUUUGGGAAUUCGCCGCAGCCGUUUUACACGCUGCAAACCUACUCAAAUGAUGAACUGUCCAUCAGUCGAGGAGACCCGUCGAAGCCAAACAGUGAUGUCCCAAUCAUGGGUCUAACCCUCGAGAAUCGCCUUCGUCGCGAACACCCCCAUGACGGACUCGUGGCGCUCCUGUUUUCAAGGUUAGCCGCCAUGCUCGCCAUCGACCAGGCAAAGGAAAUCGGCGUGGAGCACCACCUCUCUCCCUCAGAGGCAGCCGAAGUCGAAAGCAGAGCCCUCAAGCGCGCCGCGGCGCAAGAGUCAUGCCGACUGUCCUGGAACACUCACCAACGACUGUAUGAACUGCGACACCCGUCGCUGUCAAAACGGAACCCGCCCGCGUUAGUCGGCGCCGCAGGGAUUCCUCUGUCUCCCGUCAGAUCCCAGUCGUCCGGCAUGUUGCACAUCACCGUUUCAGCGCCAUCUGGAGAUGCAUCGCCUCAUCAGCCGCCCACGAUCAUUGUUACGGGCCCGGUAUCUUCGACGGCCUUUGAGGCCGCACAGCAAGCCGCCACCGCGCGCACGUCAACACUGCCAGUCACUGACUCAGAUGAGCCGCUGGCCUCUCUCGACUUCGGGACCAAGACCCUUUCCAUUUCCCCCGCAGCAGUGAUCGCCACGAUCCCGUCACUGUACGCCAUCGACUCCCUUGUCGCGGCCAUGCUGGCAGUCGCAGUCUCGGACGAGGCCACGAACCCGAUCCUGGCUGACAUGGUACAUGGCUCAUCCAGUUCAUCGGGGCCAGGAACUCUCCAAGAACCGUUAGGUCUCGCAAUGCCGUACCGCGGUCCGCUCGUGACAACCCUCGCCGAGCGCGAAGACGCGGCAGAGAGCUUCCAGCUCGCUUCGCAAAUUGAGUCAGCACAAUCCGGGUCGGCAGAUGCAUCAAAAAAGAAAAGCUUUUUCAGAUUCUGGAACCGAUCUUGGUCUCGGUCCCGGUCUCGGUCUACAUCACUAGACAAGAGUCGGCCGUCAAAGAAAAACCAACAGAUAGUGGUUGAGGAAUUCGAUCUGGAGAAGUAUGGUCGCUAUGGUGCCAGCUCGUCUCGCGAGAGCGAGAAGUUGCCCGGGAUUGUUCGCGGGAUGUUGCGAGCGUUGUUUUGGGGACUGGGUCUGGUGGUCAAGGGCUUGACGCUUGUCGUCAAGAUUUUGGCGUGGGUGUUGGUCAGUUCCACGCGGUGUCUCACGAGCGAGAAAUUCUGA